GGUUGAUCUCAAGGUCUUACUUGAACUAUCCAAGUUUGUUAGUUUGACUUAGUUCUACUGGAUAGCUGCGUGGGAAACUGGAUUCACUGUAAACUUGGUUUGCUACGUUAUUGCUUGUGUUUUUAGCUUGUAUCUUCAUAGUUGACGGUACUAUGUUAUAUGGACGAACUUCAUGCGAGUUUAUGUGACCUUGUGGAUGUCCACCUACAUUUGGGGUUAUAUAUAUAACAAACUUUAUAUGAAGUUUGUAAAUUAGUGUAAGGAGUUAGGAAUAAGAUUUACAUCUGGACGGUGAGGUUAAGAAAUUAGGCUAGGGUUUUCACCACGAAUUCACAUCAGAUAGAAUACCGAAAUUCUAUCUAACAGUUUUGCUGAGUUCAUUUUGCGCUAGAAUCUAUGAAUUAUAAUCUCACUAUUAAAUUAUACAUAAAUCCGAUCGCUUGAGUUUUAUUUCACUGUUGUUUUGUCAUUUGUUUUCCCUUCCAGUUUGUUUCCACUUCAAAAAUGUUAACGGUUCUGUGUCGAAAAUCAAUUUUUCAUUUUGUGAAUGUUCGAAAAUGUCCAUAUAGCACUGAACAAGAUGAUAUACCGUUUCAUCUCAUGGUUGAAGGUUAUUAUGACAAGGCUUCAGCCCUUGUUGAACAAAAUUUGAUGUCAAAACUUCAAUCAAAAGCGCCAGAUAAUGAAAAAACAAAGAUUGUUAAAGGAACCCUUAACAUAAUUCGGCCACCUACUCACAUUUUCGAGGUCAACUUUCCCCAUAAAGCCGAUGACGGAACGUUCAAGAUCAUUCAGGGCUUUAGAGCUCAACAUAGUGUGCACAGGCGACCCACUAAGGGUGGCAUUCGGUAUAGUAUGGAUGUAUGCAGAGAAGAAGUUAUGGCUCUUGCUGCUCUGAUGACCUACAAAUGUGCUGUCGUAGAUGUUCCGUUUGGUGGUGCCAAGGGGGGAAUUAAGAUAAAUCCUAAAGACCACUCUCCGGCAGAAUUAGAAAGGAUAACCCGUCGGUUUGCACUAGAGUUGGCAAAACAAGGAUUUCUUGGUUAGUUCGUAUAAAUUCAUGUAGGUCUUCAGGUCCUGGAACUGAUGUUCCUGCUCCGGAUAUGGGGACUGGACCCCGGGAGAUGAGCUGGAUUGCGGAUACGUAUGCAAACACCGUAGGUACGUUCAAAUUAAUCGUUAACUAGUGUUUUACGCAUUAUUGGUAAGUUCAUAUUAGUUUGUUUAGACACAUCUUUUCUGUUCUUUCCAGGUUUCAAACAUAUUACUUCUAACAUUUUUGGAACUUCAUUUUUUGUAGGACAUAACGAUAUGCACAGUCAUGCUUGUGUAACAGGAAAGUCUAUCGCUAUGGGUGGUAUUCACGGUCGCAUUUCUGCAACAGGACGCGGGGUCUAUCAUGGGAUAGACAACUUCUUAAAUAACCCAAAAUAUGCAGAUGCUAUCGGUUUAUCCCCGGGGCUGAAGGAUAAAACUUUCAUUGUUCAGGGAUUCGGGAAUGUUGGUUUGCAUACAAUGCGUUAUCUUGUACGAGCUGGUGCAAAAUGUAUUGGUAUUGCUGAAAUCGACGGACAGAUUUACAACGCAGAUGGUAUAGACCCACGAGAACUCGAAGAUUGGCAAAUCGCAAAUGGUACGAUUGUUGGCUUUCCACAUGCAAAACCAUAUACAAAAGGUUCUCUUCUUUUCGAAGAAUGUGAUAUCCUUAUUCCUGCGGCAAAUGAAAAACAAAUCCAUAGUGGCAACGCUGAUAAGAUCAGAGCAAAAUUAAUUGGGGAGGGUGCAAAUGGUCCCACCACACCAAAAGCUGAUAAAAUACUGCGGGAGAAGAAUAAGCUGGUUAUUCCAGAUUUGUAUCUGAAUGCUGGUGGUGUUACUGUCUCGUAUUUUGAAUGGCUUAAAAAUUUAAAUCACGUGAGCUAUGGUCGACUAACCUUUAAGUACGAACGAGAUUCCAACUAUCAGUUACUAAAUAGUGUACAACAGUCUCUAGAGAAGAAGUUCGCUGACAAAAUACCGAUAACACCAUCCGAAGAUUUUCAGCUUCGCAUUGCGGGGGCAUCUGAACGCGAUAUUGUUCACUCUGGUCUGGAGUAUACUAUGGAGCGAUCUGCUAAACGCAUCAUGAAUAUUGCGAAUGCCUACAACCUUGGAUUAGAUGUUCGUACAGCUGCAUAUAUCAGUGCGAUUGAAAAAAUAUACAAUGUCUACCUGGAAUCUGGCUUUGUCUUCACUUAAAUGUAUUGUGCAACUUCAUGUCUUUAUGGUCGAAAUUGCAAUUACGGCAUAAUAAAAAGGAACUACACAUCAUUUGUAUCAAUAAAAGAUAUUCAACUGGCAGUUCUUUUAUGUAAUCAAAAUAAAAUAUCUUUUAUAGGUAUUGGAAGUAAUUUAGCUUUGUUUGUUUACUAAGAUAUGACAAUGUGUUCAAUUUUUUCUAACUUUCAAACGUAGUCACAACUUCAAUAGUCCGUAUAUAUAUAUAUAUAUAUAUAUAUAUAUAUAUAUAUAUAUAUAUAUAUAUAUAUAUAUAUAUAUAUAAAGCUUAGCGAGUAUCAGCGAAGUCACACUUGAAGGAGAAGCACUGGAAGAGGUGUAAACUUUCACGUACCUGGGAAGCAUCAUCGACGGAUAAGGAGGAUCUGAUGCAGACGUAAGGGCAAUGAUUGACAAUGCAACGGAUGCAUUCCUACAGAUGAAGAAUAUAUAGAACUCAAAAAAACUCGACCAGUAUCAAAGUCAGAAUCUUCAAUACGAACGUCAAGACAGUUCUACUGCACGGACCUGAAACUUGCAGAACUACUACAACCAACAUCAAAAGAUACAAGUAAUUAUAAAUAGUUGUUUAGUCAAGAUACUGAAUUUUCGUUGUCUGGAUCCCAUGAGCAACAGUUUAUUGUGGGAGAGAACAAACAAGCUUCCAGUUAAAGAGGAAAUUAGGAAAAGAUGCUGGAAUUUGAUGGAACAUACAUUACAGAAAUCACCGAGCUGUAUCAUGAGGCAAGUGCUAACUUGGAAUCGUGCAGGGUAACGGAAAGGUAGAAGAACAAAGAGCAUAGUGCACUGAGAAUUGGAAGCAGACAUGAAAAGGAUGAAUAACAACUGGAAAGGAUUGCUCAAGACAGAGUUGGAUGGGUAAUGCUGUUGACCAGCAGCGGCCUAUGCUCCUCCAUGAGGGGUAACUGGCGCAAGUAGGUAAGUACAUUUGAUUGUCUCACAAUGUGCAGAUGAUAUUGUCUUAUGGUAGGUGGCAUCUUGUGCGCGGAAAAUAACCUGCACAUUCGAUCCAGACUGACGUCAGCACACGGAAGCUAAACAUGAAUUCUAAUAUUGGUUAGAAUUAGGAAACACGGCUUCGAAUUGAUUAAAGUUAUUACUCUGAAUAUCCACAGCAGCCUUUAUUAGCCAACUCGGUUAUCAGAGUUUAGAGAUAUUUAUAGUCCAUUCUUUAUUUAAAUUAUAGGCACCGAGGUUUUACUUACGCCUGUGUCCUCGUUCACAACACUAUGACUUGAGAUAGGGCAUUGUUAAUGCUUAUGCCAUUCAAUGGAGAUGCAAAUGGACACCUUUCAAUGCAUUAAAUGUAAGUUUAAAGAUAACAUCAAACUAUGUAUCUGAAGGUAAGUCACGAUCAGCUACAUGUUACAAAACGAAUGGUUUUACGUUUAUUCCUUCUGUUCUACCGAAUGAAACUGGAACGUGUUCUAAAAAAUGUCAGUUAGUCUUUACAUGCGGACAUUAUGUGUGGCUAUUUUCGAGGUUGGAAGCUACUGUAUACAAAUCGAGGUUUUCUGUAAGCUGCUUUUCUCUCGUUCAAACAAAUACUUAGUUUAAGACGCUUAGAAUGUUUGCUUCGUUGAUCGAUCUUCUAAAGAGUUUUCAAGGACCUAUUUUGAAAUGUCAUGCUUGUACGUUUUCCGAGUCAGUCUGAUAACAUUUAAGACAUUUUCAAUUCGCUUGGGGAAGAAGUAUGUGUAUAAGUCAAUUUCGCAAACCACAAUUACUCGUCUAUACAGUCCUCUGUGAAUACUUUUCAAAAUCUCCGUGGAAAAGAAAGGAACUAGAUUCAACCUUUGUCUAAAGGGAGAAAACUAGAAGUUCAUUAUCUGGUCGACUGGAGUUAGAUUAUGCGGAUAAAUCUCUUUACGAAGAAACCAUUGAGAAAUGAAAUCUUAGAGUUUGAUCCAGUUUUCAAGGUAGAUCGAAUACAUUUUUGUUAUACCCCAUAGCUGCCAAUCAGAAGCAGCGAAUUAUCGAUCGGACCAAGGACACAUAACACACGUGCGAGCAGCCUAGAGUUCUGCUUUCCGCCUAGCCCAGCCAGUUAAGUCCAGAACACUAGUCUCAGCCUCUGCAAUAUGAAUCCUUAUAUUUCAGACAUACUGAGUUUAUAUACCAAUCAAACCGACCACAACGUAGCAUAAAAUAGAAAAUAACAUUUGUACAAAAUUUGGCCAAAUGUAGCUGUGAAUGUGGGAGGUAGUGACUAAUAGACAGGGCAUAAUUCAAGAAUGGUAAAACGUAUAAUAAUGGUUCAUAGGUCAAAAUAAAGUUUAUAAUAUGAAUAGUUUAGUUAUUUAACAGUUAUACGAUAAAAAUAUACGUUUAGUAUUGGUCCAUAAAAGGAUCCAAAAGUUACCAUUCAAUAUGUGUCUCGGGACCUAACAAUUUCUGACAUUCAUUGAAUCCCCAAAAAUUAUACCAUCAGUAAAAACAUAAUACUGUUACUUUUCCUUCGAUGAAGAAUAUUACUUUCUUCGUUAACUUGAUCUUGAACAAUUGUCUAUGUAAAGAAGAAUGUAAAAUUUUAGUAACAUAUUCGAAACGAAAGUGAUACUUUGUUGGUAAGCUUCAUAAUCAUCAUUGAUCGACAAUUUUUUCUGAUCAGUUAGCUAUAGUCAUACCAUCUCAGCUAACUACUUUAAAAAUAAAUAACCAUCAUAUCAACAAGAGUAAAUUUUAAUUACUUCAUCAUGUAGUAAGAACGAUUAGUUCAGCGAAGAGUUCUCUUUUCAGCGAAUUCAUUUUCAAAGCUGUACAAUCGCAAAUAUAUACACUUAUGUUUACAGGAUGAUAAUAAUACUGAUAAUAAACUUGUUAUACAUGGUGAUAGUGAGGUUAAAUAAACAAAGGUAUUAAAAAAAUUUAAAACAAGGAAAGUUUAAGAAUGGUAGGAUUGUUAUUGGCUUAAGUAUUUAUCAAAAGAUAGAUAGGGAAAUUAUCAUUGGGAAAGGAUGGCUCAGCAUGAUAAAAUAAAAUGUUGAAACAUAGAUGAAAUGUAAUGGGAAUGAUUGUGGAAAUAAAAACAAACCAGUUGGGCGUAGAAGAUUUUAAGGAAGAUGGAAGCUGAAGCAGAUGGCUGUUAAGGAACAAGAGUAUGAAAAGAGGGAAAAAUUUUAAUACAUUAAGUUCAUGGUAGAAGAAGAGGUUGUACCAGUCUCUCUUGCACACAUAAUUCUGGUUUUUCCAGAUGUAUAGCUAUUGCUUCGGCAAUGCAGAGAAGAUGCAGUCUAAUUAUCUCAGGAAGAGUUCUACGUACCUUGCAGAUGACUUUGAUCGCAGAGACUGUCUUGAUUGAAUGACCUGUGUUCACAAGGUGUUCGAUUAUAGAACUUCUUAUUGAGCUGUUGCCUCCUCUUUUUAGCCACGCCGAAUGAUGUUCUUGAAUUAUUUUGGAUAAAGUACGCAUCGAAACACCUAUAUACCUAGCUCUAUAAGAGCAGGUAAAUUGGUCAGAUGCGAUAAUUUAUCUUUCAGAUUACUGGUGAACAAUGAUCGACUUGAGAAUAAUAUUCUCAAUGUUGCUGGGAAGAAUGUUCUUUUUAAGGGAUCAGAAAGUCUCCUCUUCAUCAUUUAUUCUAUAGUUUAACAUCGAUUUACUGACCUUUUUGGUCUGGACCCAUAAAUGAACAAUUGUUCGAUUACUUCAGGAUCUGUUGACAACCAGGGUAUCACAAAAAAUAUAUUUAUUGCACACCAAUUAUUUUUCGCUUUUUAUGAAAUCUUGCAAUUAAGUAUCUUGUCAACUAUUAUCGGUUAUUUUUAUGAUUGACAUUUAGGGCAACUUCAUUUCUGAUGUCGACUAAUACUUUCGUUUCCUCUCCUAUUUCUUUUGGAGUGUAAACCUUCAUUACCAAACACAUAUAAUUUUCACAGGAUUAACUUGAAGACUUCACUAUAAUUUAUGAACACUUAGUUAUUACCACAGUAAUAAUAUAACUCAAGCCAUUAGAUAUACCGAUUUAAUAAUGAGUGAUGUAGUCAUUAUAAUAUUUUCCAAGGUAAAAUCAAAUAAAUAAUACUUUUAAUUUAUGGUUUUCUGGUAAUCCAUUUUUCAUACUAUAUGAUUAGAAUUACCUUAAUUGAUCAUAUUUUUACUGUUCACUAGAAAUUCGUUUGUUAGCAGCAAAUGAGUGGCGUGACAAUCAGCUGAAUCAAUAUUUAAAAGAGGUAGAAGCUGGACUAACUUUAUGUACCUUACGUAUGUUAAACAAAUAUUUUGUAAACAAGUGACUUUUGUCCUCUUAUGCACUAUUACGAACAUUGCAACCGCCGUAAGUAAACGGCUUGUUUGAACAUGAAAACUAAUUUUUCAUACAUCUGACUGUUUGCUUGAUGGAAUUGACCGUUUAUAAGUUCAAGUUUGCUAUCUAUUCAUAGUAUCCAUACUAUCUAUGAGUUUAUACAUUCAAACAUAAUUUACUUGUUCAACAAAAAAAUGACACAUACCGUUACACCGUCGUGUAAAUAAAGUUUAUUACUUUUAAUAUGUAGCUAAAGUGAAUAGAUAUAUCUAUUUCCGAAACUAUCUUCUGAAAAAAAGAGGUUAAAGGAAUGAGUCACUGUAAUCCAAAUCGUAAAAUAGAGUACUACAAAACUUACGCAGCGACAAAUAAAUAGGCGCGGAGCCAGUAGGUCCUGGGUUCGAAUCCCGCGGGGUGCGGGAUCGUGGAUACGCACUGCUGAGGAGUCCCAUACUAGGGCGAAACGGCCGUCCAGUGCUUCCAGGUUUCCAACGGUGGUCUAACAUCAAUUAAUUCAUGAUCUCAACCAAAAACUUAACAAUCUCCACAACCCCCAUACUGAUAAAUAAGCAUACAGUUUACGUUGACUGUCGGAACAAUUAAAUGUGGAGUAGAGCAAAUAAUUGCUAAAACAUUAUUAUGGAUCAGCUUAGUUUAAGACUAUGGUUUAAGUACGCUAAUUACUUAAUAACGACUAGUCAAUUCGGUAUUCCCUGUUCUAUUGAUAAUUCUUCUGUCAGUUUUGUCAUUUUUUAUCGUAUAAUAAUAAUAAUUUAUAUAUUCAGAAAAUAAUAAUUACAGAAUUCAAGUCAGUUUAUAGGCAUGAUCAAUUUGAUAUAAAUAUUAACAUUAGAUGUACAGAACAAACAUGUGAUAGAAGAAAGUUUUAAGUAUACUAGUUCAGUAAUUGUUUAGGUAGUACAUGUAUUACAGCGAUCCAAUGGAUCAGCCGGGAAUUUUUAAUAUUUCUUAAAUGGACAGCCUGGUGAUUUAUGAACGGAGUAAUUAAGGUCAUUUUGUGUACCAGGUCGAAUUUAUGAUAAUUACCUACAACUAGAGAAAUUAAAACGAACACAGCACAGAACAACAAAGCAGUAAUUACCAAAAUAUGUCAAUCAGGUCUACCAAAAUGCGUGUGUCAUGUGACACAGUGAUAUACUGUUGAUGUUAUUCAAAUUAGUUAAAAUUGCUGGGGACGGUGUUAACAUAAAGUGACAGCAUGUAGGUGGUUUUACUUAGGGAAUGCACUAAUAAAGAUGGCUAAACAUUUAAAGUUCCUAUAAUAUCACUUGUGGAAUGAGAUACAAUUACAGGUGCUAGAACACUCAAUGCAUUUUCAGAGGAGCAGUAUGCAGCGAACACAUAAUCGGAGUGAUUUUAUCGUACGGAUAGAUUGUGGUAGGUUAUUCGAGAGUCUAAAAAAUUUACAGGCAAAGUGAUUCAUAUAAAGAGAUUAUUUAGACUAAGUUUGUUUCACUAGUGCCAAGGAGUCACGGAUGGCAUAAUAAGAAGUUUCUGCAUAUUGAAUCACGUGAUUGGAUGUAAAGGAUAGUUUAUUAAGUAGUUUGAAGAAAAAGAUAAAAUUUAGUUUGAGUCUCCGCUUCCAUAAAGGGUCUAGCCCAAGUUUAUUACAUCUAGAAUUAUAAGUUAAGGUACAAUCAGCUCCAAGAAUACGAAGUGUAAAUCGUCUCUGUACUGAUUCCAGCCUUAAUUUAUCCUUUAUGCGUGUACUGCUAAGAAUGAACGUGCAAUAUUCUAGAAAACGUCGAACACAAACUUUGUACAUUAAAAUACGUGACUCAUUGCUAUAAAGGUUUCGAGUAAUGUAACCUACUAGACGUUCAGACAUAGAGGUUUGUUUCAAUAUCUGUUCUGUAAACGACAAGUCUUGGGAGUAUCUAAGUCCUAAGUCUACUACUGUAUGUAACCUAGAUAACACUUCUCCAUAUAUGGUAAGGUCUAGGUUGAGUGAUGUAUCGCCGAAGCAUAUCCAUCCACAUUUAGCCGUAUUAAGCUCCAGUUGCCAUUUUAAGCACCACUGUGCUACCUUGUUAUGUGUUAUGUCUUGUGAACCUCGUCGAUUAGUUUGCCUAAGUUUACGGGCCCUCAGUAUGAAAGCCUUGAUAGGUUAAACUUUCACACUUUUCAGUGGUUGAAAUCAUGAGUCAUUUGAAGCGAGAGCACCAUGGAAAACCUGGAAGCGCUGGACGGCCGUCUCGUCCUAGUAUGGGACUCAUCCGCUCACUAGUGAUUGACUUCAAGAGACACUCCUGGAGUUCUAGUGAGAAGCCGUGACCAGUGGAGUCCAACCAGGUCUGUUGUGAGAUAUCAGCUCACUUAAGACAAUGGUGACGGUCGCGCAAUUUCGUAGAUUGGUUGAAGUUAGACAUUAACACCGUUGGAUGCCGGCUCAGUGGUCUAAUGGUUAAGCGUUGGACUGAUAGGUCCUGGGUUCGAGUCUCAUGGAGGGCGGAAUCGCAGGUGCGCACUGCUGAGGGGUCCCAUAAUAGGGCGAAACGGCCGUCCAGUCCUUCCAGGUUUUCCAUGGUUGUCUAGCUUCAAUUGACUCAUGAUUUCAACUAUUGAAAUUACUAAAAUCUCUACAAAACCCCUUUUGAUUUCGCACUUUUGUUGGUGAUAGAUAAUUAUGAAACUAAGGUAUGUGCUUCUGUUUAUUUGUAAAUUACAAUAUCAAUUUAUACGAAUAUUGGUCAAGAUUAGAACCAAUAGUUUGACAGGAAUUGGGCGCCGAGUACAGACAAGACAUUUUAUGUGAAAAUUAUUUGAAAUAAUCUCAGCGAUUGGAAUUUAGAUAAUUCCAACGUUUCGUCCAGCUAACUUGUCUGGACUACGUCAGGGUGAAAUAUAUAUAUAGCGUUUAACAAUCAAAUCUCUACUAUGUUAAUCCAAUCAUAUUUGGAUGUUGAUUUUGUAAGUGGGAUAACAUGAGUCAGUUACAUGGGAAUCAUGUGAAAAUUUCACGAUGUGGAAAUAAAUGACUGAAAACUAAUUGUAUGUAUGUGUAAGAUUAAGGUAUUAAUGAUAUUCAGUGUUAAUGUUUUAUAUGAAUGAAUAAAUAAAAGUGCAAGUUCAAGGUUGAAAAGAUUGUUUCUGAAUCAUAGAUGUGCGUGUCAAAUGUGAUUCAUCAAAUACAUAAUUGUAUUGCUAAAAUAACUCACAUUAAUUUCAGUCAAAAUAACGAUGGAUGUGAAAUAAACAGGUUGAAUAAAGAAAGGGUCGAAUAACUUCUCAACGAAUAUUUUCCAGGUAGUCGCUUGUUGAAUACCAUCCUUUCGGUUCAAGCUGUUCGCGUUCGUUCAUAUAUACAGUGUUUCUGUUUCAAUCGUUCCUUAUGAAUGUUAAAACCUUUCUGAACUAUUUUUGUCCCUUCAAAAUUAAUCUUGUGUCCUGUUUCUAACGCAUUUAAAGCUAUCGCAGACUUAUUCUCAAGUUUCUUUAAGUCUACCGAGGAUUUGGGAACAUUUUUCAAACUCUGUUUGUGUCCCUUCAACCUUACAUUCAAUUAUCUGGGUGUUUCUCCUACAUAAACUGCAUUACAAUCAUGAUAGUUGAUCUCGUAGACAAUAAUUUGUUGUUCUUCCUUUGGUAACCUAUCCUUAACUUUCACUAAUGUCGAUAUUAUGGUCUCACUCGCUCGAAAAUACACUCUUAUUUCAUGCUUGUUUAGAAUCCGCCUGAUUUCUUCCUAUGUUUCACUACGGUAUAGGGUGACCACGGUGGGCUUCCCGUCUUUCCGUAUACAUUCUAGUUUGAUUUUUCCUUCACUUAUAACAAUCUUAUUUAAAAACUGUUUUGGGUAGUUGUUAUCCCUAAGUGUAGACAAUACUCUAUUCCAUUCAACUUGUUGAUCUUCCUUAUCUGUAACAUUAUCUCAAAGAACUACUACGAUGUACACUCAACGUGAACCUCAAUGACAGUUUGAAUAGUUUUAAUAGUUGCCACCCCUCAAUUCAAUUCACCUUAGAAGCAGAGGCAAAGAAUGCUGGGUGGUUUUUUACAGAGAUCUAUAUAUAAAAAACCUAUCUGGAAUGGACAGUACACGAAUUUUCAUAGUUGGAUUCCACUGAGUAGAAAGAGAAACUUAAUUCACUCUUUAUCCUCUAGGAUCGAACGAAUCUGUUCCACUGACACAAUAGAUGAGGAAGUAUUUCAACUCUCAUCAGAAAUGGUUAUCCACCUAAAUUCGUCGAUAGCAACCUAACACCUAGACUUCAUCUUGAAAAAGCAUCGACAGUACAGAAGAAAACGUUAUUAAUGAGUAUGGAAUUUUAAGGAGACACGGCUGCUGAAAUCUUAAAUAAACGGCUUUCAAAAUCGUUGAAUAAAACGUUCUACGCAGCUAAGCUCCGAAUCGUUUUCUCAAGCCGACCUACCAUUCUUGGAUGUGUGAAGGAUAAAAUUCCGCUUUGGGCCACAUCAAUGUGUAUCUAUAAAUUUACUUGCUCAUGUGGGGCACGUUACAUGGGCCGCACAAAGCGAUCACUUUACGAACACAUCUCAGAACACUGUCCGGCUUGGCUUUUAAAAGGUGAAUGUAAAACAAUUACUGUUUCUAUACAGGACACAUCGCUUCAAAUGCUUCCUCGUUUAAAAGAAUCUACAUAGUCAAAGAGAUUUCGAAGUAAUAUAUUAUGUACUACUGAGGCACUGGUAAUCCACGAACUCAAGCCCGAAAUUUGUGUGCAGAAACGAUUCGUCCAACCUCUCAUCCUUUCUAGGCCUUAAUUCCCUUAAUGGGUAUGUUUCUGGGUAUUUUUUUCUGCACUUUUAUCUGAC